GGCGGUAAUGGAUCAGAAGUUUAGUGCAAACCGCCGAAAACACACGAAGAAGAAGCAGAGUCGCUCCUGGUAAUGUCAUGUUGACUUUAGUGGACGCUGUGUUGUCUUGUUUACACGCUAGCUUGAUGAAAUAACAACAGCGCUUCCUUAACAUAACACACACGUUACCGCCGGGUCUCCGGUUCGGUUCUCCGAUAUGUUUGUGCGGCUGAAGAUCCUGCAGAGGAGCGGGAGGACUGUGCGGGAGGCGCUGCUGCAGCGGGAGAAACACACACACACGCUGGAGGAGAGACUGUCGGAGAAGAAACUGAGCCGGUGUUUUGUGGACCAGCGGCGGGUGCGUCUGCAGGCCGGGUCGGGUGGUAAAGGAGCCUCCAGCUUCCACAGUGAACCACGUAAGGAGUGGGGCGGUCCGGAUGGAGGAGACGGCGGCGCUGGCGGACACAUCAUCAUCAGAGUGAACCGGCAGGUGAAGUCUCUGUCCAGCGUGUCGACAGUGUAUCGGGGCAGAGAUGGAGAGGCAGGAGGCAGCAAAAACUGCUUCGGACGCAACGCCAACCCCACAUACAUCUCUGUUCCAGUGGGUACAGUAGUCAGGGAGCAGGGUGUUGUGCUGGCGGAUCUGUCCCAGCAGGAUCAGCAGGUGACGGUGGCGUACGGCGGCGCGGGGGGGAAGGGGAACCGCAGCUUCCUGACCAAUGAGAACCGAGCGCCGAUGAGGGCCACUGAGGGACAACAAGGCCAGCAGAGGGAGAUUCAGCUGGAGCUGCGCACCAUGGCCCACGCCGCACUGGUUGGCUUUCCAAACGUUGGCAAGUCGUCCUUGUUGCGAGCCAUCUCUAAAGCGCGGCCAGCAGUGGCGGCGUACCCCUUCACCACACUGAACCCUCACGUGGGCAUCGUGGAGUACAGAGACCACACACAGGUGGCAGUCGCUGAUAUUCCCGGACUCAUCCCUGGAGCUCAUCUGAACCGUGGACUGGGUUUGUCCUUCUUACGGCACAUCGAGCGCUGCCGCGUCCUGCUGUAUGUGCUGGAUAUGUCCUCUCCGGAGCCCUGGGAACAGUUCCAGCAGCUGUGCUUCGAGCUGGACCAGUACAGGCCUCUGUUUUCACAAAGACCACAUGCCAUCGUAGCCAACAAAAUGGACCUGCCAGAAUCCAGAGCGAAUCUGGAGGCUCUGAGGGAACGCAUUAGCCAGACGGUCAUUCCUGUGUCGGCUUUAACAAGAGGGAACACGGGAGAGCUCAUCCUGCACCUCAGAGAGAUGUACGACAGCUAUCCACAAGCUGAAACCCUGCCCUGAGGCCUCCAGAGUAUGAUAAACUCCACAGACACAGGUACCUCCAGAACUGCAUAAUGCCUUUAUUUAUUAACAGUGCCUGUGGAAAAUCAUCAUGUAAAUAUAUACCUUUGGGAUAAAGCUGUUGAAGGCACAGGUUAGGAGAGGAGGAGGCUACAAAAACAUUUAAUAAAUUGUAAUAUGAUAUGAUUUCAGGCUGUAUGACAGAUGAAGUCAUCAUUUCAAAAGGGCUAUGAGGAUUUUCUGUAGACACUGUACAUAUAACCUGUACUGCCUACUUGAUAUAUGACUACUUCACGAUCACAUACAUGUUUUACAUGUUUGUUUUUUUGCUGUAUUUGUGCAAAGAUAAUCAAGUUAGAGAUGACAUUCAUCUCAAAAGUCUGAAUAAAAAUCUUCAUGUGUCUUA